AUGGCUCACGAUCCCCUUAUUGGAGAACCGCCUGAGACACCUCCGCCGUUACCUGCUCGCAGUCCUCUGAGGGACAAUCCGCACUACAAGUGCCGACGACGCUGGUUCCAGGCUGAGAUGAUCGACGAAUGUACAAACCCAUCAUCACCUGUCUCGCAAGCUAUCUUUGAUGAACUGGGGCUCGAGCUAGAGGACACGCAGCACAGGCUUGUCACUGCUAUAUACGAGAGCAACAAGGUGCAUAGCCUCCAGGGAAGCAAGCACCCACGCGAAGGCAUGCUCGAUGCCGAAAAUGGAACAUUGAGCAAGAGAAGCGAAGACGAUGAGUGCACUGCAUUGGAGUUCUUGACAAACGAGGCGGAGGCUGAAGCAAACUGGAGCAAUAAUCUAUCGACUGGCAGCAGGAAAUGGUCAAAGACUUCAAGUGCAUAUAAUCAGUCCAUCAAAGAGGAUCAGGAAGAGCACACUAUUUUAGGCGAUGAGCAUUUGAAAAGACUGCCAAGUAGCCACUGUGAUGGAUCAUCUGAACCUAGCACAGCUACCUCUAGCUUUGAGGGCGGUUGUGCACUAUCAUGGACCCACAGCACUGAAGUAGAUGAAGAUGCAAGAGCAGAGGGAUGGCUAGCACGUGGCCUACCCAACGCUAAGCUGCCAGCAGCUGAACAAUCAAGGCAGUUUAGUCGAGAUCGAUAUGAUGCAAAGUAUCGUGCUCUUUCGCCUUUCCCACCCGUCUCCCCGAGGACUGGCAAUCGAGAAUACGACCUAUCUACCAACUCAUUCACCCCUCCAACAUGUCCAGUCUCUCCGCUAAACAACGGCCGCGACGCUUAUGGCAAUUAUAUAUCUUCCAACAUACGAGAUCAUUUUGCGGCGCCGUGUCCACCAGGUUCGCCUACGCCGCCCCAUCUUUCCCAGAAUCAACGGAUCCUAGAACAAGGGGAACAACAGCCUCAAGUGCACCUCAGAGGUGGUUGGGAGCUCCCUAAGCCUUUCUGGAGACGCAGUAGUAACGUGGAGCCAAGCCAAGAACAUAAGCCUACCAAUGGAUUAGAAAGGGACGAUAAAGGCGGCCCCAUGGAAGGCUUACGUUCGGUCAACAAGAUAGAGGACCGGCAACAUCCUGGAAGCCGAGCAGUACCUAGUAUGCGACCUCAGAACGCAGCUGACCCAAGGACGAACCUCCCAACCGAGAACAGAACGUCUCUGAAACCUGAUAUUAUCAAUGAAAGAUACGAUGGCGUAGAUGACGCAGGUGACUACGGUAUAUAUGGCACCAACAGCCAUGGUCUACAUCAACAACAGACUUACGAACCUCCCGACGAGAACCCCUAUGAUAACCUCAGCUUCAUUUUUAACAAGCACUUCGGUAUUCAGGCUUCUCCGCCAAUUCUAGUACCCUCUGGUACACGUCGGCUAGCGACUGAACAUCGUCAUCGCGGAACCUACAGGCAUGAGGACUCACCUGUACAGACGGGGUCGCGUUCUCCGCCGAUCUAUGCUACCCGAGCACUGCCCAAUACGCCAAAUGCGCUUCAAACAUUUGAAUAUCCAACUUACAGGCCGAUGUCGCCUCGUGAUAGAGAAAAUCGACCGUCUUCUCCGGAGUCUCAAAGAACCGCUACCACAAUCCAAAGCCUUACAACUACUCCUAGAGAGGGAAAGAGGUGGGAUAGUGAGAUCCCUCGAACUCCGCCCAAAGAGCCGGCGCCCGGAUUCUCUCAAGAAGCCGACCCCUAUCUUGUGGAGCACAUGAACUCUCAAGAUACUGAAUCAAUCUUUUCCACUCGUACUGCGGAUGACAGAUUGAAAGGCUUCGUAGAGUUGCAAACAUCCGGACCGUACAGGAAGGCCAAGCAGGCCCGCGAGGCAAGGCGUAUUUACGAGGAGCAACGCAGACGACGCGAAGCGGAGUAUGAACGGGAUACAGAUCUCCAUACCAUUACGCCUAGCAUGUCGGCCAGCCAAAGGCAAGUGCGUCGACAGCCACCACCACGAACAAGUCGUGUACAACGUAUGGGAAGAGUGCCCGAGAACGAGAGCUACCAUUCGUUCAAGAGGGAUGUACCGGGUCAGAACAGCCACGAUCAGCUUUUACGGCAGCAUCCACAACCAAGCGAUGCCGGUACUGUGGUGCUUGAACCAGCCAGAAACGAGAAAUCAAACAUGAACUCGAUGGAGAUGGCCUUCCACAUAGCCGGCAAAGUAACGCGGUUUCUUCUUGCUACGCCUUCCGAUCCAAAGUCGAAGACGUAUUCGAAGCGGUACCAGCCAGCUGAGGACCAGCGCCGAGGCAAAGCAUCAAUGCGCAUGAAUACUAGUGUCCUCGAGAGAAUAUCUGACGGUGCCUCAUCGCAGAUACAGGAAACAAGAGGGCUCAAGGACAGCAACAAGAAGCAAGAUAAAGGCAAAGGGAAAGCAGUAGACCUCGACGCCACAGCCCCCAAACGAGACUUCACGCCUAGAGUCAAUCAUGACUUCACACUGUCCGGAUCCACCGCAAUAAACAACAACGCUCGCUUCACAGGAAACACACUCGGAGGCCCUUCCACAGCCCGCUACACCAGUAGUGGUCUUCGCAACGAGCGAGAUGAUCGAUUUGCCGUCCAACCCGCUCCAGACAAAUCCAACAUCCCUGGCACCAACCAUCCCUACGAUCGUGGAGGAAAACAGUACGACACUCAAUACGAAGAAAGCGACACAGGCACCACAUGGCCUGAUCCAGACGAACAAGGGAACGUGAUUAUUUCCCACAACAAGGGUGGUAUGAGAGGUGGAGGCAGCGAUGAGUUUCAAGAAGUGAGGUCAAGCUUCAGUGCGGGAUCGAGUCUGAUGGAAAAGAAGACUAAGAAAGAAAAGAAACAGAAGAGUAGUGCCUGGACUAGCUGCGAGUAUGCCAUGGCUUUGCAUGCUCUUAGGUGA